GAUGGAAAAACUGCUAAAUCAUGGAUAUGGGACCUUAUAAAUACUGGUUUAACAGCUGCUUCAUAUGGAGUUAUUCAAUACCAAAUCGGAAAGAUAUGGGCGGUACUUGGUGAAGAAGCUUUAGAUGACGUUAAAAAUGCUUUGAACUUCAUUUCAAAUGGUUCGGAUACUAUUAAAACUUUAUCUGGUUGGAUGCAAGAAACAAGGAGUCAAAUAGAUACUGUAAGACGUAUAGCAAACAAUGCACGUACUGGAUUGGAUACUUUACGAGAAGCACAAAAUACACUAAAGGAAGCAAAUGAUAUUCUUGGCUCAGUAUCAGACAUGCAUGAAGAUUGGCUUAAAGGCAUUGACAAAUCUUUAAAAAAUCACAGUCAGUCUAUUGCUGACUACAAGAAAAGUAUAGAUUUUUUUCCAUAG